AAUAAUAUUUAGAACAAAUCAAGUUGUAAUUUUUUUCUUGUGUUGUUAUACUUUAUAAUAUUUUAAGGUUAUUAUCGACCUGUCAAGAGGACAUUUUUUCGUCAAGCUGUCUUCGCAAAUUCGCAAAAUAGGAGACGAAAAUCCGUUCAAGUUCUCAAAUUUCUUGACAAAUCUGCCACCGAUUGGUGGUAGAGCAAUGCCGCGUUGUAGUAAACGCACCCGUGGUGCGGCGGCUGACCUUCUGCCUGGCACCACAGCCCUUGAAGAUCACCACCAUCACAAAAGAUCAAGAAACACAAGUUCGAGAAGACAUUCCAAAUCUGAAGAUACAAGUUUUAGUGCAAAAAAAUGUUUAACAUGGUUCAAAGAAUACACAACAGUUUCAGAGCCAGAUGUUUUAGGUCCAGAAGGUAUGGAAAAAUUUUGUGAUGACUUAGGAGUAGAUCCAGAAAAUGUAGUAAUGCUGGUCAUUGCUUAUAAAAUGGGGGCUAAACAAAUGGGAUAUUUUACACAAGAAGAAUGGUUAAAAGGUUUAACAGAGCUCCAAUGUGACAGUGUACACAAAUUGCAAUCUAAAUUAGAAUACCUACGCAGUUUACUCAAUGAUCCAUAUAUAUUUAAGGCUAUUUAUAGAUAUUCAUAUGAUUUUGCAAGGGAUAAAGAUCAGCGCUCACUAGACACGGGAACGGCGAGAGCAUUGUUAGGCGUACUCCUACCACGCUGGCCGCUCAGAAUACCAUUGUCGAAUUUCUUAGGAAACGAGCGACGUUACCGAGUCGUGAACAGAGACCAAUGGUGUAAUAUAUUGGAGUUCAGCCGUACUGUUGACACGCAGCUUACGGCAUAUGAUGCGGAUGGAGCUUGGCCAGUGAUGUUAGAUGAAUUUGUGGAAUGGCUAAGAGCAGAACGCGGAGAUUCAGCCAUGCAUGCCAGCUGAGACUACACAGAGACAGGAAGAGGUAGGGCUCACUCUCGGAUGACUCAGUGUGGGCCUACCCUAUAAUCAUUUUAAGUGUCAUGUAUAUUGAUUAGUUAUAUCUAUGUAUAUUAUGAUUUAUACAUCCAUCCAUACACUGUCACAAUGGAAGAAUUGGAACUGUGAUUAUUUGUCAGUCAUUUUGUAUAUUUAUUCAUUUGCUUAUAUUAUAAUUAAUGUAUAUAAAUAUAAUCAACAGAUUUUAAUUUCCACAACAGGUGUAUUAAAUAUUAAACUAAAGGAUACGAUUAAGACUGCUUUAUUUUAUUCUGAAUUAAUUUACUAAAUAUUUAUCGUUUUCAAAUUAACACUAAUUUCUUUCUAGAAUCACAGUCCUAAUUCUCUUAGUAUGUAACUAUUAUAUGUAUGUUUUUUUCUUCGUGCACGCAUUUCUUAAUACUCUCGCAACUCAUUGACACGUUUUGUAUUAGCUAAUUUAUUAUUAUCGCCCACCGAUCCAACGUUAUUUUUGAAAUAGUACAAGAUUUUGUUAAUAUUCAGCAAAGUAUAGUAAAUAAUUUUAUUGUAUUAAUAACAUUGGAACAUUUUGUAUUGUUUUUAUCAAAUUAUGAAAAUGAGUAGGACAACAUUAAUAUUAAUCUCUCAUUUUGGUCCAAUUGAAAUAUAGUAAAUUGCAUAUAAAUUAGUUACGUAAUUGCAAGCUUGCAAACUUGUUUGUUACAAGUAAUCAUCAUUUAUUUAAAAUUAUUAUUAUUUACGUGUUUAAGUUUGAAAUUUAGGUCAUUGAUAUAUAAUAAUGCUUUUGGGCCAUUUUAAUUUGUUUAAUUUUGUACAGUACAAUUCAUUUUCAUUACACUUCCUGUUUGUUUUGAUAUUGUAAACAAUCACAAUAUUUAUUUAAUCAAAUGCAUGUACGAUUAAUGGCCAAGAACUACUGCCGUGUGUCAUCAAGUCAAAUAUAAUUAUUUUUAUCUAAAUGAUUACAGAAUGUUUAAAAUAUUUCACUGAGUUGCACGUAUUAAUGUAUUAUCAGAAGUUAAAUAAUUAAAAUUGUUCUUCUAUGUAAUAAUAUACUUGUACAACCCCUUCGUUGUUAUUUAGAGUGUCAUAUUGCAAAAAAGUGGAAUGUAUUUAAAAAUUAAACAUUCUGAAAUUGUUCUCAUACGAUAAAUAUUUUAUAUUUGUAUAAAUAAAUAAUGGCAAGUAGAAGUGUUGAAGAAUUUGAAUGUUAUGAUGAAAUCGACUGAAAAUGCUUUCGAAUUUGCUUUAAUUUCAGAGACUUAUUUGCAUUUUUUGUAUUUAAAUAGUCAAGAUACCUGUUUAUACUGUUUAUUUAAAAUAUAUUGGCAUUUGCUGAUCAGUAUCUGAGCAAACCAUAACUCCUAUAUUAUUUUAAGUUUACUAUGUGAUUGAAUAUAAAUGGGUAUCGUGACUGAAGGCGAAUGCUCUGAAACAAGUUCCAAUGGACUAGAUGUCUAGUCUAAUCCUAGGUUUAGGUGUAGAUAUGGUUUUGUAUAAGCAUGUAGGUAGUAUAUUCAAAUUCUCUUUGGAAAAUACAAAGUAACAGCCUCUAUCGUAACGGUGUAACAAAAUUUAAUCUAAAAUGUUUUAGGCCCCCAUACCGAAUGUCAUUCAAGAGAAAUAAAUCAUUUGAAAAUUG